AAUACGGGUCCCACGAUGACACCGUCUGCAACGGGGAACGGGACUGUUACUUCUGAGAAUGCGACUCCCACGAUGACACCGUCUGCAAUGGGGAACGGGACUGUUACUUCUGAGAAUACGGGUCCCACGAUGACAUCGUCUGCAACGGGGAACGGGACUGUUACUUCUGAGAAUACGGGUCCCACGAUGACACCGUCUGCAAUGGGGAACGGGACUGUUACCUCAGGUAAUGCGACGACUCCCACGAUGACACCGUCUGCAAUGGGGAACGGGACUGUUACUUCUGAGAAUACGGGUCCCACGAUGACACCGUCUGCAAUGGGGAACGGGACUGUUACUUCUGAGAAUACGGGUCCCACGAUGACACCGUCUGCAACGGGGAACGGGACUGUUACUUCUGAGAAUGCGACUCCCACGAUGACACCGUCUGCAAUGGGGAACGGGACUGUUACUUCUGAGAAUACGGGUCCCACGAUGACACCGUCUGCAAUGGGGAACGGGACUGUUACUUCUGAGAAUACGGGUCCCACGAUGACACCGUCUGCAAUGGGGAACGGGACUGUUACUUCUGAGAAUACGGGUCCCACGAUGACACCGUCUGCAAUGGGGAACGGGACUGUUACUUCUGAGAAUACGGGUCCCACGAUGACACCGUCUGCAACGGGGAACGGGACUGUUACUUCUGAGAAUGCGACUCCCACGAUGACACCGUCUGCAACGGGGAACGGGACUGUUACUUCUGAGAAUACGGGUCCCACGAUGACACCGUCUGCAAUGGGGAACGGGACUGUUACUUCUGAGAAUACGGGUCCCACGAUGACACCGUCUGCAACGGGGAACGGGACUGUUACUUCUGAGAAUACGGGUCCCACAAUGACACCGUCUGCAACGGGGAACGGGACUGUUACUUCUGAGAAUACGGGUCCCACGAUGACACCGUCUGCAACGGGGAACGGGACUGUUACUUCUGAGAAUACGGGUCCCACGAUGACACCGUCUGCAACGGGGAACGGGACUGUUACUUCUGAGAAUACGACUCCCACGAUGACACCGUCUGCAAUGGGGAACGGGACUGUUACUUCUGAGAAUACGACUCCCACGAUGACACCGUCUGCAAUGGGGAACGGGACUGUUACUUCUGAGAAUACGACUCCCACGAUGACACCGUCUGCAAUGGGGAACGGGACUGUUACUUCUGAGAAUACGGGUCCCACGAUGACACCGUCUGCAACGGGGAACGGGACUGUUACUUCUGAGAAUACGGGUCCCACGAUGACACCGUCUGCAACGGGGAACGGGACUGUUACUUCUGAGAAUACGACUCCCCCGAUGACACCGUCUGUGAGUUUUCAGUCUCCCAGCAGCUCAGUGCCAACAUCUAGCUUCAAUGUUUCCUUCAGAAUUUUGAACAAGGAAUUCAACGAUAGCCUGAAUAAUCUAAACUCCGAAUAUUCCAAGAGAUUGAGCAAACGAAUAGAAAAAGCGAUGGCUGAAGCGUAUGGAUGCGCCACGUGCCCACUCCGCGAGCAGUACGAGCGCUCGCAAGUUCUGAAGUUCAGCCAAGGGUCGGUUGUCGCUGAUGUAAAAUCUACCUUCAAGAGAAACAACAACAUAAACAGCAGAUCAGUUGAGAAGAAUUUUAAAAAUGCACUGACCAAUGGCACCAUCAACUCUCUGAUUAUUGAAGAUAUAAAAGUGACGGAGAUCAGCCCCACAAGAGAGCCGACUGUAGAGCAGCCGCCCUUGGUGCCUGGAUGGGGUAUCGCUCUCCUGGUCCUCGUUUGCAUUAUCCUCUUCAUCAUCCUGCUUGCCCUCUUCUUCUUGAUCUUCUGCUUGCAACGACACAGGACUCGGAGGCAGUUUGAAUUGCUUGGUUCCAGAGGGUCGUAUGUCCCAAUGGCGGAGCGAAACGACUACCCGCAGUACAUGUCGCACAGCCGGUUCACGGCGCCGUCUAAUGCUGACAAGGACGUCUACGGACAGGUACACAGGAAUGGCAAGAAAGCAUACUCGUACACCAAUCACGCCGUGGAGUCUGACAACUUGUGAGCAAACGGGAUGUGGAAAGCUGCCUCUGGCUCGAACCCGAAGUGGGCGGCUAUGAAGCUUAAUCCGUUAUGUUAUAUUAGCUUUAUAUUUUAAAAAAAAACUUUAAAAUUUCUUUGCAAAAGAAUGUUGGAUUUGCUCCACUGUCAAUAGUAAUAUUUGAGUUGCCUAGACCAUGACUAUUAUGGAUGCUCGAUAUUACACAUUCUUAUUUCUUAAAUGUGAUUUUUAGGGGAAGGUUUGGGCUCUGCUGGCUGGAAGUGGUGGGCUGGCAGGCUCCAAGAGUGUAUAUCCACUGGGAGGGGAGGGGGUCAGGAAUAUUCAAAGUCUGAUGCUCCGAUACUAUGCCCAUCUGCCAGAUGGUGAGGUGGGAGAGCAGUGUCUGUAGGGAGACCAGAUGGUAAUGGUCAACCGUGUAUUUUCAUCACCCAGGUCCACAUGAACUGCAAUACCCUACAAGAGGGUGAGUUGUCUGUUCAGGGGCAUUGCUAAGGAUUUGCUGGGUUCUGUGCGUAGCACCAUCCUAUCUACACCUCUCAGAAAUGGCUUCCAGGAUGUGUUGGAUUGUGUUUCUCCAGCAGGGGGGUGAGGGCCACAGUCCCAGACUGAUGCCUCACCUCUGCCGUUCUCUAUUGGAGAUAUGGCAGGGUAGCUUUGUCACUUUGUCAGCAACGGGCCACUCGGAGCGCGCUGUGGAUUCUAACCGGAAGUACCAUUGCACCAACUCUCCUGUACCUUUUCAAUGUUCCUGAAGGAGUUGUUGUUGCAUCUGCAGUCUGCUGACACUGCCUGAGAAUAUCCAACACCCAGAUUGGUUUUUUUUGACUUUGAGAAUUAUUCCUGUUCUCCUUUGAGGUUGUGUGCAGAAGACUUGCAAACAAACAGGGGAAGGGCAAAAAGUUAUAUUCUGUGUAAUUUUAUCUGUGAAUAGUGAUUCCAUCCACAACAUAACAAGUCACAUAUGUAAAUAGUUAAACAAAUGUUCUAAAAGCACAUUUGCAUUAAUGCUUGCUGGUUUUUCUAGCACUUCCUUCAGCCUCUUUUUGAAUAAUGUACUUGUUUGUGUCCUGGCCUCCCUGGGUUCCAUUGGACUCCUGCAAACAAUGGAAAAGUGGUUAUCCCUGCCCCCCAUUCGAAAGGAAUGUUCCCAUUGAAUGGAUGUAUAAGACAAGGUAGACAUUUGGGAAAAGUUCUCUCAAUUUUGCUCUUGGUUCUCGACCAAGGUCAGGAAAAUUGGCCAAGAAAACUGACCAAAAGGAAGAAAUGUGAAUUAACCCUGUCUCCCCUGUGAGCUCCAAAACUUGGAUGCCAGGCACCAAAUUUUAACCACCUUGCCCAAUUAAAUCUUUUUAUUUGAAGCCUCAAGGUUCUUUGAGCUCUGGAUCAAUUGGUGUUUUCUUCUAUGGGCUACAAAACCAGAUGCAUGAAGGAGCUUUUCAAAGGUCGAUGGCUAGUAAUAUCCAAUUUUGUGUGUUUGCUUGAGGACGUCUUUGUUACUUGUUAUUUUUAAACACACCUGUAUAAUUUUCAUCUAAGCUGUAUAUAUGUAAAGGCUAGGAUUCUAUUAAUGAGAAUGCUUUUUUUAAAGUAUGAUUGUGGGAUUGUGUAGGACUAGCUUUGACUACUCUGCGACCACAGCCCAGUGUCUCUUGUGGGAUUAAACACAGUCAGGCUAUAGUUCUACAUCAGGAUUGCUUUCUUUUCCUUUGGGGAUUAUCAAUGUCUGAUUAAGAUGGAGAAUAUUUUCUAGGGCAGCUGACAAUGAAGGAUCUAUUCUGGAAGACAAAGCUCCCAUGAUGUAAAAAAAAAAUUACUUUUCACAUUUUAAUUGGAGUAGCACAGAUUUUUCCAGUGCCUGCAUUAGGCAUUUUCAGGUGUGCGCUCGAUUUUUCAGUUGAAUUUUACUCAGAAUUACAGUGGCAGGUACAGCGAUCCAAGACAAACCAGUUCAUGAAUGUGCUGGUGAGGCAUAAGCCCAAGAUGCUGAGAAGGAAGUGGCAUUAAUCAUUUGAUUUCAGGGCUGGGAUAUAAACUAUUAUUUUCUGUUUUGAAUUCCUCAUGUUAUUAGUAAUCAUGAAACUACUGCUGCAAUCAGAACCCUAUUUAUUGCAUCACCCUUGGUAUCUCAAAUAAUUUGAUUCGCUGCUAAUUAUAUUUAUAAACAGGCUGAAUUCAACUCCACUCCCUUUUGAGGACAGCAGACUAAAGCAAGUGGAUUGAUUUUUUUUGUCAAAAUCCUUUAUGUUGCAAUAUUGGUCUUAAACCAUGUGCUUUAUAAAAGAUUUUUUUUUUGAAGUUUGCCAAAUGUAUAACCACUAAGGAGUAAUUGUAAAAUGUUAUUGAUGUAAACUGUAAUUGAAAAGGAAAUAAAAAUAAUAAAUUA